AUGGCAAGCAUGAGUCUCUUCUGCUGUCACUUCAUAAAAGAGGUACCAGCCAAUGGGGGAGUUCUCAGCAGAUACCAACCCUGCAGGCAGCUUCAUCUUGGACUUCCAGUGUCCAAAACUUUGAGCAAUGAACCUCAAACCCAGAAUGAUUGCAGACCACAGCAAAAAGUUUCUUCUUCCAGGCUCCCUCUCUCACACCAGGUGGCAAUAGGUUUGGGACUUCUGAACAUCAUUUUUGUAUGUCUCCUGCUUGUCCAAUGGAUUCACUGCCAGGGUUCCAGUCGUACCAGUUGUGCCAGUUGUUGCGGUUGUCCAGACCUCUUUAUGAAGAAUGGUAACUACUGUUAUUACUUCUCAAUGGAGAAAAAAGACUGGAAAUCUAGCCUGGAAUUCUGCCUGGCUAAAGAUUCACAUCUCCUUGAAUUCACAGACCGACAGGAAAUGAGCCUGGUUAAACAGUUACUCAAAGAUGAUUUUUACUGGAUUGGUCUGAGGAACGAAGCUGGCUGGAGGUGGGGAGAUGGGUCACCCCUAAACAUCUCAAGCAUUAUUUUAAACAACUUGAUCCAGAAGUGUGGAGCCAUCAAUGGAAACGGUCUCCAAGCCUCUAGCUGUGAAGUUUCUUUACCGUGGAUCUGUAAGAAGAGACCUCAGUCCGUGGAACAGGGACCCCAGCAAAGCAGUUUUCAUUGUCGUUCAUGAUCUUCAGGCAUUUCCAUGAUCUGUGAUAGUGGAAAGAAGAGAGAAUCAAGAUGGACUCGGGCUUCCUGAGUAGUGACUCUUCCAUCCCUCAGAUCUGGGUAGCAUACUGUCUAAGGAGGUCUGAUUAGUAUAGUGGGAACUGAGAUUUAUUACUUAUAUGUAUCCAACAAAUAAUCCUAUGAACUAUGUGAAGUUUGACCAUCAGUGGCCCUUUCCCAAUAAAUGCAUUUUUCUAUAAUAAGUUGCACUGUGAGCAAGACGAUGUUUAUGAAAAAUAGUUAGCCAGAAUUUUAUGGAGGGGUGUAAGAGACAUGCCAAGGGGUUCUGAUUGCAUUUGGAAGGAAAGUGCAUUACUUACCUUUGCUGCAAGGAGCAUCAUACUCAGCAAUUGCAAACUCAUCUGAAUGAAAACAAAACCAUUAGGUGAAGUGAGAGGGAAAGAUUUAUGGAAUACAGGUCAGUUAAAAAAUAUUUUAUUAUGGGGAGAAUUGUAUCAGAAACAUCAGCAUCAUUCAUUUCAUACAUUGCUUGCUGUUUUAUGUUAACUCUUCAAAUACAGUAUAUUUCUUUCCCCUAAACUUCUGAAAGACAGUUCAAAUGUUCUAUGUAUUUAAGUCUCACAUUGUUUUGCAGUUGAUUUAUCUGAAGAAAAGGGAACUAAAUAUCCUAUAGGUGGUCUGUGUUAGUAGUUGAUGUAUUUGUAUGAUAGAUAGUUUCUAUAAUAUGUAUAGAAGACAGAGAAGAGUCAGACUUGAUGGGGACAAAAAGAACAGUAUAAUAAGUUGCCCCCACACAUUUCUCAAAUCUAAAUUUUUUGUGACCAGAA